AAGGUUACCCAGUCCUGUUCGAAGAGAAGAGGGAGGUGCCUCUGGUGGUAGGGCCUUGCGUAUGACUUCCGUGAGCACACCCAGAACACUCACUCAGCUUUGUGAUUUCGUCCUCACAUUCUCACUGCAUUGAUGAGAGGGCACGGUGCUCAGGACAAGAGACCACACAGCAUGAUGCGAUGGUUUCCCAGAGCACGGAAUCUUUUUACGUAUGCCUUGUUCAUCCCUGCAGUGCUCUUCAUAGCCUACAUCGGCCCCACAUCAGUCAGGUUUUUCGAGGGACUGAUUCCGAUGGAUAAGUGUCCUUUACUUCCUGGGCAGACACUGCAGCUGGGAGAAUCCAUGGACAACUCGCUGGACCUGUGGUCCAGAAGCGAUGUUCAGACCUGCACGUAUUGGGGGGCCCCCGUCAUGUGGGAUGGGAUGUUCGACCCCAAAGUCUAUGACGACAUGCACAGAAAGAAGGGUUCGUCUGUUGCACUGACAGUGUUUGCCGUUGGAAGGUACCUGGACGCCUAUCUUCCGGAAUUCCUGCGGUCUGCCGAGCGGCACUUCAUGCCAGGUUUACCGGUGACGUACUACGUGUUCACCGACGCCCCGGAAAGGGUGCCCAAGGUGCUGCUGGGCCAGGCCCGCGCCGUCGAGGUUGUGUUUGUGCAGAAGCACCGUCGCUGGCAGGACAUCUCCAUGAUGCGCAUGAGGUCCAUCGCGGACGCCAUCGACCGACUCAUCCGUCACCGCCACCAGUACGUCUUCUGCCUGGACGUGGACCAGGUGUUCACGGGCCGCUUCGGCUCAGAGGCGCUCGGGGAGUCCGUGGCCCUGCUGCACGCCUUCUUCUACCACCGGCCGAAGUUGUUCUACACCUACGACUCCAACCCCAGGUCCGCUGCGUACAUGGAGACCGGCGACUUCUACUACCACGCGGCGGUUUUCGGGGGGUCGUGGCAGAGCGUGAGGAACCUCACGGAGGGCUGCUACCAGGGCAUCAUGAAGGACAAAGGGAACCAGGUGGAGGCACUGUGGCAGGACGAGAGCCACCUGAACAAGUACCUGUGGCUCCACAAGCCCAGUAAAAUACUGUCUCCGGAGUACUGCUGGGCAAGGGCAGUGGGUUACCGCAGCGACAUCCACGUCGCCCGCCUCGUCUGGGCCGACAAGCACUACAGGGAACAUACAUACGCACAAAUGACAGGUCUGUGGGUUUAA